AUGUUGGGAUCAUUUAAGAACAUCGAGGGAGUAGUGAAGAAGACGAAGCAUAUGCGGCUCCGCGCUCAUCUUUUCGACGCUGCGGCCCUUACAGCUUUGACGUAUGCCUCAGAGACUUGGACUCUACGAAAGCAGGAUGAACAUGCACUCAGCCUCACUCAACUCGCUGUGGAAAAGACGGUGCCCGGAAUUCCCUUGUACACGCAAGUGCAGAGUGGAAUCCACAGCUUUGAACUCCGUCGAAAACGUCGGGGAUACCGCUGUUCACGCAAAGAAGUUGAAAAUCAGAUGUGCCGAACACGUCAUGCGUAUGGUGAUGACCGUUGGACCAGGGAGGUUGCGGACUGA